UUAUUUAUUUGUUAUUAAGAGUUCGAUAAAUCUUCCUUGUCCUUCAGUCAAGCUUAUCUACAACAUGCAUCAACUUUUGUAUUCAUGCAAGAUCUGCAAACAAUUCCUUUUUCACAGUUUAGCUAGAUAUAGCCCAAAUUGCUUAGAUACAUUGGUAAAAAAAAUACACUUUUCAUUAGCAAAUAAAGGUGGAGCUGAAGAAAAAUCAUUGCAUUUGUAUGAUGAUGAAAACAUACAUAAUAAUGAAGACUACCAACAGCUGCAUGUGCCAGUUAUGCUCAAGGAAGUUACUAAUUUUUUAGCACCCCAGAAAGGACAGUGUAUUCUUGAUAUGACAUUUGGAGCAGGAGGCCAUACCAAGGCACUUAUGCAAAAAGCAACGGAUAUUAAAAUAUAUGCGCUUGACAGAGACCCCACAGCUCAUGAACUAGCUCAGCAACUUUCAGAAUCUUACCCGCAACAAAUCCAAGCUCUUCUAGGACAGUUUAGUCAAGCAGAAGCCUUAUUAACAUCUGCUGGAGUGCAGCCAGGGAGCCUGGACGGAGUUCUUUUGGAUGCUGGUUGCUCUUCUAUGCAACUUGAUACUCCAGAAAGAGGUUUUUCCCUACGAAAAGAUGGCCCUUUGGACAUGAGGAUGGAUGGUGGCAGGUAUCCUGACAUGCCCACCGCUGCCGAUGUUGUGAAUGCUUUAGAUCAACAGGCACUUGCGUCCAUCCUGAGAACAUAUGGGGAGGAGAAGCACGCCAAGAAAAUAGCUUCAGCAGUCGUUCAGGCACGCAGCAUCUACCCCAUCACCAGAACUCAGCAGCUUGCUAGCAUUGUUGCAGGAGCUUUCCCUGAAACAGCUUUGUAUGCUCGAAAAGACUUGCUUCACAGACCAACGCAUGUUGCAACCAAAACUUUCCAAGCCUUGCGUAUCUUUGUCAACAAUGAGCUGCAUGAACUCUAUGCAGGAUUAAAGGCAGCUGAAAAGUUUCUAAAACCUGGGGGGCGAUUUGUUGCUCUUUCUUUCCAUUCAUUAGAGGAUCGUAUCAUCAAACGAUUUCUUCUUGGAAGAGAUAUGUCAGAAAAGUUCAAUCUCAGUAUAAGGCAGAGGAUCAGGCAAGUAGGAAAAAAUUCUCCAGAAGAUGAGGAAGAGGACGAAUUGUCUAGUGGGAAUGCUAACUCAAGAUGGACGGCUAUACAAAAGAAAGUGCUUACUCCCCAGGCAAAGGAUAUUGAAAGCAAUCCAAGAGGGCGCUCAGCAAAGCUAAGAGGAGCUAUCAAGUUGUGAAUGAUUGCUUUGGUCUAUCUUACAAUACCGUUAUAUAUUCACCAUAAAAGAUGAUGAAGACACAGACAUGGUUACAUUAAAAAACAUACCUUGGCUAUGCACUGCUACAUUUUAUUUUGAAUUAAGCUAGAAUUCUGAAGAAUACCACAUGGUAACAAAAGCCUUCAAAAAGGAUGCAACAAAUAUACUUUGCAUUGCUACAGGACAAUGUUCUUCGCAUAUGCUGAUUAAAGGACAAGAGUCAAUUUUGUUAGUUUUCUCAGUUGUACAUUAUUGACUUUAUUCCAGCAGUGUUCACAAAUACUUAAAAUAUGUGAUUCAUAAAAAACACUACACAUUUUUCCUCUGCCAUGCAUGCAAAUGCAGAGUGGUAGUAAAAAUUCAGAUUUUUGAGUUAAAGUAAUAGCCUCCUUCCCAUGCAAGACAAGACAGAUUCAUUGUAUCUAUCAUGUAUUUAAAAACAAACAAA